AUGCAGCCCCAGAAGAAGGCAGCGGACUCCUCAAGCUGGCUGACAGUCAGGAAUCCCUCCCGCCCUCUCCCAACUCUGCCCAGGUUGGGAGGAGGGAGGGAGCCGAGCCGGCUGCAGCAGGAGGAACCCGAGAGAAAUGCUUCCCUCCAGAUUGAAUCCGGCGCAGGAUGCACAGACCAAGAGCAAGAGAAGUUUCGUGCCCAGCAGGAGGAGGCAGAGAGCGAAGCUAGGAGAGAGACGAACCCCACCUGGACCCAAAGAGGGAGCAAGCCCAACCCAUAUUGGCAAUUUGGCACCAACCAGGACAGGAGACGGCGAGGCUCCUCCCCCUCCGCCUACGGCCACGCCCCCGAGUGGAACACGAGAAGAGGCGGCGGGGCGCUGCCUGGGGCUCCGCCCCCAAGGGAGCCAGGAAGAGAGGCGGUUGGCCGACACGGCAGAGGCUCCUCCCUCCGGGCCCGCCCCCAAGGGAGCCAGGAAGAGAGGCGGUUGGCCGGCGGGGCGGCCGAGGCUCCUCCCUCCGGGCCCGCCCCUAAGGGAGCCUGGAAGAGAGGCGGCUGGCCGACACGGCAGAGGCUCCUCCCUUCGGGCCGGCGGCCCCGCCCCCAAGGGAGCCAGGAAGGGAGGCGGUUGGCCGGCGCGGCGGAGGCCCCUCCCACUCGGCCUGCGGCCGCGCCCCCAAGAGACCCAGGGGGAGCGCGAGCCAGCCCGGUCUGCGAGGGAAGAGGCGGCGGCCUGGCUGGGCCUCUCGCCUCGCUCUCCGCGAUGCUGCAGCUGCGCGACUCGGUGGACGGCGCCGGGGCCGAGGCGGCGCUGCUGGUCCCCUCCUCCCCCUCCGCGGAGGCCGACGUGCCCUUCACGCCGCCGGGGGGACGAGGAGGCGCCGGCGAGGAGCAGCCGCCGCUCCGCUCCUUCUCCCCGCCGCCGCGGCAGACCCUGCGGCCCCUCAGCGUGCGCAACCCCACCCGCGGCGGCCGACUCAAGGAGUACUUCGUCUUCCGGCCGGGAACAAUAGAGCAAGCUGUCAAUGAGAUCCGUGUGGUUGUGAUGCCUGCUGAAGAUGGAGAAGUACAAAGUGUGUGGCUACUGACUGAGCUUGACCACUGGAAUAACGAAAAGGAACGUCUGGUUCUAAUUACCGACUGGUCGCUCUUGAUCUGUAAAUACGACUUCAUCAAUCUGCAGUGUCAGCAAGUGACCAGAAUAUCGCUGAAUGCCGUUGACACCAUUUCAAUUGGAGAAUUUCAGUUUCCUCCGAAAUCUUUGAAUAAGCGGGAAGGCAUUGGAAUUCGGAUUCAGUGGGAUAAGCAAAGCCGUGCCUCCUUCAUCAACAGAUGGAAUCCAUGGUCCACGAACGUGCCAUAUGCUACCUUUACAGAACAUCCGAUGGCUGAUGUUGAUGAGAAGAUUGCAUCUCUUUGCCAGCUGGAGAACUUCAAGACGCAACUGAUCCAAGCGGUGAAGAAGGCUCACAAGGAGUGCCCCCUCCCGGGGAGAGCGAACGGAGUUCUGAUCCUCGAGCGCCCGCUCCUCAUCGAGACCUAUUUGGGAUUGAUGUCUUUCAUCAACAACGAGGCCAAGCUGGGCUAUUCGAUGACGAGAGGCAAGAUUGGAUUCUAAGGAGCUAGUCAAGGUAGUCGGCUCUCAGAGUUGGGGAAGAGAACACUGCCAAACAAAUCCCCGGAAAUAAGUGGGGGAGAGAAGCAUGCAGAGGCGAUCUGGUUAGUUUUCAGUUAGCCCCACAGCCGCCUUGCUGAUCAUGUUCAUUUAAUGUGUUGGACUAUGAGGUGGCUAUGCAGCACAGUUAGAGUCCAGAAUUAAGUCUCUCUCCUGCUCUUCACCAUGUAAUGUCACCACCUAGAAUACUUUAGCGAAAGCCCUUUCCAUCCCUCUCUGUGUCUCACAUAGGGGUGUGCACGAACGGUUCAGCGCCGAAACAGGCCAGUUCAGAGACUCGUUUCCGGACCAAAUCAGGGGCAUCUACUUGUGAAGGCGGAAAACAACCCGCUACUGAGUGAGCGGCUGGGUAAAGGAGGGGGAUCGUGCAUGCUUUAGUUACAGGUUGUGCUGGAUGUGAGUGGCCACACGGGUAAGCAGAUCCUUUAAGUACCUCUCUCACUGCCCCUUCACAGGAGUCAGGAUCCCCCACCCCUGUACUUGUAAAGGGGAAUCCGGUGAGGAUUCCUUUUUACAAGUACUAGCUGUACCGAUUCGGUCACAAUGGGCCAGCCGGCUAGUUCUACUAAACCGGUUCGGCUCAAAUUUGAGCCGAACUUUGAUUUUUGGUUCGUGCACACCCCUAGUCUCACAGCCAGCCGUAUGUUUGAGAGCAUGUUCAUGUUGGGUUUUCUCCCUUGUGUAACCACAUCCCAGCUUCCUCUUCAUGUGUGCUUGAGAUUCCUUGAUGAAGGGAUACACACCCAUCCCUCAAAAGGCUUCCUUGUCAGUUGGACAGGCCAUGAGCUAUUUCGCCAGCGUGGCCAUUUUCACUUCCUGCUAAGCUUUGGCGGCCGCACAUUUGUGACUUGACAUGAAGUUGAGUGGUCGUCUUUGCCUUUUCGGUACCUGAUCCAGUUCAGAUGCAGACUCCCCUAAUUAGGGCUUCUUGUCACAGCACAACGUCUCACUGAACACCCGUGCAGCAGUGUCUGCUUUUGGAUGAAUUUCUGCCACACAGAAUCAAGUUUUUGUAAAGGGAAUUUGGGGGUAGCUUUAUACUCUUUUUAGUCUCAGCCCGAUCAACAGCACCAAAGCAUGCCUGUAACAAAUGCCCAUGCGGGAGACUAUAGGUGUGUUGUGAUGAAAGUUAUACAAAUCUAUCACUCUAAGGUGAAGUAUGAGACAAUAUGAUUAGCAUAGUACUGCAUUGAUGGCCUAGGGCUAGGAUCCAAAGGGCCAUGCAGGAGGGCAUAUCAGUGGUGCCCACACCUGUGCCAAAAGCUGCCCCAAAUGGCACGAGGUAGGGGGCUACUGCUCAAAGGGAAUGAAUAGCAAGCCACCCUCCCGGAAGGUGUGCAUACCAGAUCUGGACCCAAAUCUCAUCUUUGGAUGAACCUUUUCAACAGCGCUCAAACUGUCACUUUAUUGCAAGUUAGUUGCCGUCUACUGGUCAGUUACAGUUAGCAGUGGCAUUUGGUAUGCAUCAAUAUUGUAGAGUCUGAAGACUCCCUAAACUGUGUGCUUGUGCGCGCUCUAUCUCUGGAACUUUUCUGUAAAAUAUCAGGCGCUGGAAUGCAAGAGACCGCAUGUCCUCCUUUGCUUUCAGCCAAGUCUGUUUUGCUUAUUAAACGUGAAAUAAAUGUGAAUCUUGAACUUUAACAA